AUGUCGGCGACUAGAAACAACCCGAAGUACAGUGAGCAGCCCACUACUAAUAAUGACGCUAGAAGAGACACGGCGGCAGGUGCAUCUACCCGAAAAAGCACUAAACAGACUGGUAAGACCAGUAGAAAAAGUGGUGGGAAGAAGGGUAAGAAGAGUGGUGAUUGGAAGAAGGACUCCUUGGAUAAGUUGAAGGAGGAGAUCGAAAUGGAUGAUCAUGAGGUUUCUGACAAGGAGAUCCAGAGUCGAUACAAAACAGACUACGACAAGGGUCUAACACAGAAACAAGCCCAGCGUAGACUGGACAGAGACGGACCGAAUGAACUCACUCCACCCAAGAAACAGAGUGAGAUUGUCAAGUUCAUGAAGAUGAUGUUCACUGGCUUCUCCCUUCUUCUCUGGAUAGCUGCCCUGUUCUGCUUCGGCAGCUACACCUACAGGGCCAUCACAAUGGCCAACGCACCCAUGGAUGACUUAUGGCUGGGAGUUGUCUUGGUCGUGGUGGUGGUAGUGACUGCCACAUUCUCCUACAUACAAGAAGCCAAGAGCAACAGAAUCAUGGAGAGCUUCCGCAAAAUGGUUCCAGAGACAGCGACUGUUAUUCGAGACGGGGAGAAGCAGGAGGUGGACAGUGAGGACUUGGUAGUGGGGGACAUAGUGGAGAUCAAAGCGGGUAACAGGAUCCCAGCCGACAUCCGAAUAAUAGAGGCCAAGGGAUUCAAGGUGGACAAUUCUUCCUUAACGGGAGAAUCUGAACCCCAAUCGAGAACUCCUGAAAAGACGAAUGAUAAUCCUUUGGAGACCAAAAAUCUCGCGUUCUUCUCAACCAACGCCGUUGAAGGUACUUGUCGUGGAGUGGUGAUCAGGACAGGGGAUGACACGGUGAUGGGUCGGAUUGCGAAUCUGACGUCCAACCUGGGCCACACCACCACCCCCAUUGCCAGGGAGAUCGCACACUUCAUACACAUCAUCACAGGUGUGGCUGUGUUUCUGGGUGUGACGUUUUUGAUUCUGGCCCUGAUUCUGGGCUACUACUGGGUGGAGGCGGUGGUGUUUGUAGUGGGCAUCAUUGUGGCCAAUGUGCCAGAGGGGCUGCUAGCCACAGUCACCGUGUGUCUAACUUUGACAGCGAAGAAUAUGGCGAAGAAGAAUUGCCUGGUGAAGAACUUGGAGGCGGUGGAGACCCUAGGAAGCACAAGUGUGAUCUGCAGUGACAAGACAGGGACCCUCACUCAGAACAGGAUGACAGUGGCUCACUUGUGGUUCGACGACGCCAUCUUCGACGUCGAUACCUCCGAGGACCAGUCAGGAGAGGGCUUCAACGAGGAAUCGGACACCUGGGAAGCAUUGGCUCUUAUUGCAGCUCUUUGCAACCGAGCUGAGUUCAAGGGAGAUCAGACGGAUAAACCUGUUCUCAAGAGGGACGUUUCUGGGGAUGCGAGUGAGAGUGCCAUUCUGAAGUGCAUUGAGGCAAACAAGGGGGAUGUCGGGAAGACAAGGAAAGGCAACCCCAAGCUCGCAGAGAUCCCUUUCAACUCAAACAACAAAUACCAGCUAUCAAUCCACAAAACAGAUGAUGACAAAACGCUACUCGUGAUCAAAGGCGCGCCUGAACGAAUUUCCGACAUGUGUUCAACUAUCAUGAUUAGCGGCGAAGAGGAAGACUUCGGGAAAAUGAAACAGAACUCAUUCGAAGAAGCUUAUAGGGAAUUGGGCGGGAAAGGCGAAAGGGUUCUAGGGUUUGCUCAGAAAGAGCUUGACCCCAAAGAGUUCCCUCCUGAUUUCAAGUUCAAUACGGAUGACCCCAAUUUCCCGAUGGAGGACUUGUGCUUCGUGGGAUUGAUGUCGAUGAUUGAUCCACCGAGAGCCGCGGUUCCAGAUGCAGUCGCGAAGUGCCGCGAUGCGGGGAUUAAGAUCAUAAUGGUGACUGGAGACCACCCGACAACUGCGAAGGCAAUCGCAGAGCAAGUGGGCAUUAUAACUGAUGACACAGAGACUACUGAAGAUCCGAAGAAAGCAGCCCAAGAUACAGGGGACGACGAGGAUGAUGACAAGCCGAGGGCGGCUGUGAUUCAUGGAAACGACCUAAAAGACAUGUCGGAAGAUGAUCUGGCCAAUGUGUUGAAGAAUAAUGACGAGAUAGUGUUUGCGAGGACAUCUCCUCAGCAGAAGUUAAAUAUAGUCGAAGGGUGUCAGAGGGCGGGCAAGAUAGUAGCUGUGACGGGCGAUGGAGUCAAUGACUCACCAGCCCUCAAAAAAGCUGAUAUUGGAAUAGCGAUGGGCAUCUCUGGCUCCGAUGUGUCCAAACAGGCUGCUGACAUGAUUCUGUUGGACGACAACUUCGCCUCAAUCGUCACUGGGGUGGAAGAGGGCCGACUCAUCUUCGACAACCUGAAGAAGUCCAUCGCAUACACUCUCUCCAGCAACAUCCCCGAAAUCACCCCCUUCUUAGCUUACGUUCUCUUCGCCAUCCCCCUCCCUCUGAGCACAGUUACCAUCCUGUUGAUUGACGUGGGCACUGACUUGUGGCCUGCAAUCGCAUUAGCCUACGAGCCAGCCGAGAGUGACAUCAUGAAACGAAAGCCGAGAGACCCAGUCAACGACAGACUAGUGAACCACCGAAUGAUCACUUUGGUCUACGGCAUGAUUGGUAUCAUGCAGGCGGCAGCUGGUUUCUUUGCUUAUUUUGUGGUUAUGGGUGUGAAUGGAUUCCAACCAGACAUCCUGUUUGGACUGCGGGAUGAGUGGGAGGAUGAGAAUGUGAACAAUCUGCAGGACUCAUUGGGACAACGCUGGUCGUAUAGCCAACGAAAAAUACUGGAGCAGACAUGCAACACUGCCUUCUUCGUCAGCAUAGUCAUAGUACAGUGGGCUGACCUCAUCAUCUCAAAGACGAGGAGGAACUCCCUUUUCGUGCAGGGACUCACGUCCAACAUGGUUCUCCUAGCCGGACUGGUGUUCGAGACGGCCCUCUGUCUCUUCCUCUGCUACUGUCCCGGCAUGGACAGCAUAGGACUCCAGCCUAUUCAUUUCUGGUGGUGGUUUCCCGCACUUCCAUUUGCCAUUUUCAUUUGGUGUUUCGACGAGACCAGACGAUUCAUCCUGAGAAGGAACCCAGGCGGUUGGAUCGAGCGGGAAACAUAUUACUAG